AUGUCUGACACCGGUCUUCCUCCUGGCUGGGAGGUCCGUCACUCCAACUCCAAGAACCUUCCCUACUACUUCAACUCUGUUGAGAAGCAAUCGCGAUGGGAGCCUCCCUCCGGCACCGAUACCGAGAAGCUCAAGCACUACAUGGCCACAAACCACAGCGCCGGCUCUCGUCCCGGCGCCGUUCCUAGUGUCCCCGAGGGCAAGAUUCGCGCUGCCCACCUUCUGGUCAAGCACCGCGACAGCCGACGACCCAGCAGCUGGCGAGAGGCCGAGAUCACUCGCUCUAAAGAGGAGGCGCUCGAGAUCAUCCAGGAGCAUGAGCGAAAGAUCAAGUCAGGCAGCGUUACCCUUGGUGAGCUUGCUUUGUCCGAAUCUGACUGCUCCUCCGCUCGCAAGCGAGGCGAUCUUGGAUACUUUGGUAAGGGAGACAUGCAGAGGGAGUUUGAAGAAGCUUCCUUUGGUCUCCAGCCUGGUCAGAUGAGCGGAAUUGUGGAGACAGCCAGUGGUCUGCACUUGAUCGAGCGCCUGGAAUAA